AUGCCCGCUGGAGUCAACAACGACGACCCCGCGCAGGCGGGCGUGGCGGCGGAGCCAAGCACGGCGGAGGCGGACGGAAAGAGCGGUGCUCGGAACCAGCCGUGCGGCGGAGAGAAGAGUGACGGCGGGAAGCGUAGCAGUGGCUCGCGCUCUCCGGAUCCGCGUCAGCAACGUGACGAAGGACGCAGUGGCGGCGCGCGCUCGCCAGACCCGCGGCUGAAUCGUGACGGGGGACGCGGUGGCGGCGCGCGCUCGCCAGAUCCGCGGCUGAAUCGUGACGGGGGACGCGGCGGCGGCGCGCGCUCGCCAGAUCCGCGGCUACAUCGUGAUGGGGGAAGGGGAGGCGGCGUGCGCUCGCCAGAUCCGCGGCAGAACCGUGACGGGGGACGCGACGGCGACAUCUGCGGCCGCUGCAUGAGAAGAGGCGCGGAGGCGGCUACCGCUCGCCAGAUCCGCGGCAGCACCGGGACAGUGGGCGCGGGGGCAGUGCGCACUCGCCAGAUCCGCGGAGGUAUCACGGCGGAAGAAGCGGAGGGGAUCUGCGCUCACCAGAUCCUCAUUACUCUCGUAAUGAGAGACGCGGAGGUGGCUAUCGCUCGCCUGACAUGCAACGGUACCGUGGAGAGAAGUGGGGAAGCGAGGCGCGCUCGCCUGACUGGCACCUGCAACAUGAAGAAAGCCGGGAAGGCGGAUACCGUUCGCAGCAUCGGCAACAGAGCAGGGGCGGGAGGCACAACAGUGGGUCUCGCUGGCCUGGCCGGCGUUGGCAACACGACGGAAGACGUGCCGGUGAGGGAGGACGGGAUCAACGCGGCAGCAGAGAGGGAGGCAGCGGGCUGA